AUGGAGCAAAUCAGCUAUAAGUUUAAGUUUAAAAAGGGAAAAAUCAAACCGCCAGAAAGUUAUUUGGGUGCUGGUGUGAAAAAGAAGGAUCUGGAUGGUGAUGACAUGUGGACUAUGUCCAGUCACGAUUAUGUUGUCGCUGCAGUGAAGAAUGUAAAGGAGACGAUUACAAAGAGCAACAAGUGGAAGAUGCCUAAGAAGGCAGUGACGACAAUGACAAGUGAUUAUAUCCCAGAGUUGGACGGAUCACCCAAAUUGAACGCAAAAGACCAUACCUAUUACCAGGAAUUGAUUGGAAUCUUGAGAUGGGCGACUGAGAUUGGAAGAGUUGAUAUUCUAUUGGAGAUUUUGCUAUUGAGUCAUUAUCAGGCAACGCCAAGAAAGGGUCACAUGGAGCAGUUGUUGCGGAUUUUUGCUUACUUGGAUACAUAUCCAAAGUUGACAUUGUACUUUGAUUGGAGGCUGCCAAAUGUCAUUGAAAGGAGACUUCCAAACCCUCUAUCGCGACGCGAAAGAAGAGAUGCCGGCAAAUAUGCCACCACCAAAAGGGAGACGAGUUGGAAGUUUGGCUUGGGUAGAUGCGCCUCACGCAGCAAAUAA